UCCCAGACCCGGGUGAGGCCGUAGCGGACUGCCCUUUCCCAAGAUGGCUUCGAAGAUUGGCUCGAGACGCUGGAUGCUGCAGCUGAUCAUGCAACUGGGUUCGGUGCUGCUCACGCGCUGCCCCUUUUGGGGUUGCUUCAGCCAGCUCAUGUUGUAUGCUGAAAGGGCCGAGGCGCGCCGGUGAGCGCGCCCACGAAGCCGUCGAAUGCGGUGGGGGGCGGUACGGCCUGUCCCAGGAACUGGGGAAGCCCGACAUCCCAGUGCCUUACCUGUAUUUCGACAUGGGAGCAGCUGUGCUGUGUGCUAGCUUCAUGUCCUUCGGAGUGAAGCGGCGCUGGUUUGCGUUGGGUGCGGCGCUCCAGCUGGCCAUCAGCACCUAUGCCGCUUAUAUCGGGGGCUAUGUCCAUUACGGGGACUGGUUAAAGGUCCGUAUGUACUCACGCACAGUUGCCAUCAUUGGUGGCUUUCUGGUGCUGGCCAGUGGGGCUGGGGAGCUAUACCGUCGGAAACCCCGAAGCCGUUCUCUGCAGUCCACUGGCCAGGUGUUCCUGGGCAUCUACCUCAUUUGUGUGGCCUACUCGCUGCAGCACAGCAAGGAAGACCGGCUGGCAUACCUGAACCAUCUUCCAGGAGGGGAGCUGAUGGUCCAGAUGUUCUUCGUGCUUUAUGGGGUCCUGGCCCUGGCUUUCCUGUCAGGUUACUAUGUGACCCUGGCUGCCCAGAUCCUGGCUGUGUUGUUGCCCCCGGUCAUGCUGCUCAUUGACGGCAACGUCUCCUAUUGGCACAACACGCGGCGCGUCGAGUUCUGGAACCAGAUGAAGCUGCUCGGCGAGAGUGUGGGCAUCUUCGGGGCUGCUGUCAUCUUGGCUACUGAUGGCUGACUUCCACAGGGAGAGGCUGAUUUGGGCACAGGGGGCCACUGAGGGCCACCUUACCUUCCUCCUUGCUGGCCCAGUUGCUGCUUAUUUAUGCCUCUUUUUUUUUUUUUUUUUUUUUUUUUUUUAUUAGUUAAGGUUUCUUCCCCAAGUUUGUGGCUCAGACCUUGGGAAGAUGGAACCCCUCAUGCUAAUGCCUCAUAGGGUUAUUUCCUUCUUACCUGUUUUAGGGAAGAGCUGAGGUCAACUGCCCCUCCCCUAUGUGUCCUGGGAGGGAGGGAGGGAGGGAGGAGUCCCUGAGAAAGGAGUAAGGCAGAGCUGGGGUGCAGGUACUAGCAGUGGGGUACAGAGGAAGAUCUGGAAGUAAGCAAAUGUGAAAAUUCCUUCUGGAACCUGGCAGAUGCAGCUAAACUAAACAGUGCUUUUCAGACUAGGUGUGUGUGCGUGUGUCUUCACACAUAUAGAGGGAGCCCUGCAAAGAGGGGCAGAGUGACUGGUGCUACUGGGCCCUUUGGGGGUUUGCUGGGGCAGAAGCAAUCCCAGCUCUCUGACCCCCACCGUGGAGCUGGCCCUGGUGUGCUCUGGGAUGUGCUGGGUGGAGCAGGCCUGCCAGGCUGCCUGCUGCUGCAUCCGCUCUCAGCUCCUUGGUUGGGUAGGUGGAGCACCCUCCUAAACACCAGACCACAUGGUCCUCCGAAAAUAAACAUUUUAUACAGA